AUGGAUGCGAAAAAGGCCAGAAGAAACGCGAAAAGUUCGCUAACACGUCGUAGUAAUAAUUUAUACAGCAUGAUUGAAAACAACCGGCCUGUUGAAGAGAUAACAGAAGCGCUAGAACUAGUAGAAAUAGACUAUAAAACUGUCGUAGAAAAGCACGAGGCUUUGGUAGAAAAGGUCGAUGACGAAGAAUUUGCUAAGGAAGAAAAAUGGAUCGAAGAUUGCCGUGAGAAAACAUUAAUUUUGAAAUUCAGAGCGAAAGAUUAUAUUUUGAAAUCAAAACAGGAACAGGUCACCCAAGACACAUGCGCAGAAAAUGAUAUAGCUAAGAAAACACAGAAACCCAAGAAAAUAACGGAGAAAAUGCCAACACAGCUAUUAUAG